AUGUUUUUAAAUGUGCAUCUAAUCCGAUGAAGCCACGGUUGGGAUUUCUCUGGGAUCCCAGGACUGGCUUAGCUGCAUUUUUGCUGAGAUUAGGAGAGGAAAGCGAUGGGAAAUUCACUGGGCUGUGUUAAGGAGCCAAAAAAUUCAGUAGCUAUUCCUGAGAAGGCUCCUCUAUCUCCUAAGAAAAGGGUUCGGUUCAAAAGGAAGUGGAGGGGGAAGAAAACCCCUACUCCAGAGGUAUCCCCUGAGGAAGAACCCUUGGAAGGAACGGGAGUCAUUGAAGAAACAGAAACCCGAAGGAAGUUCAUAGUGAGUCUCCAGAAGGAGGAAGGCGUGGGAGGGGUGGAACAUCCCCCCCCAGACAUGUUAGUGCCUGAGGCCUCGGCCCCCAGCUCAGGAGUGGGAGAUCAAGGGAUGAUCGUGCAGGUGAAGGAGAGAUUCCAGGGGGAGAUCCAGACUGCCCACCUUUUGCUAGAGAAUGAGUCAUCAGUUGCCAGAGGGGUCUGGGAUUCCCUGGAAGAGGGGAUGACUGUCAUCGCUCACCUGCUUGAUAACCCAGCAGAGAGGAACUGUGAGAAGUCAGUGAGCCAACUGGUGGAAUUUCCAAGGACAGCAUCCUGCAGCAGCAGGGCUGUGCUGCUGCCUUUGCAAGGGGAGACUGCCGUGGAGAAAGCAGACACUCCGCCUGGAUGUCAGAGCAGCACCUUCCCCAGCAACACAGGAAAUGAAGACCAACUUCCAGAGGGCUGGAGUGUGUGGGGAGGAUCCAAGGGUAUUUUAAGUGUCUCUGAGACAGGUUCCUGGAUUGCAGAGCAUUCUGUCCCUUCAUCACUGUCGGAGCAGUCGAGGGGCCACAGAGGCACAGAGCCUGCCCACAUGGGUCGAGUGCCCCACCAGGGUCCCAGACUGCCUGCUUCUCAGAGUGAUUUGUCCGUCAGUGGCAUGACUGUGAGCAUUUUGCCCUCCUCCUCUGGCUAUGGCAGCAGUGGGCCGCACUUACGUGGCAUCCGACCGAAAGAUACAGAACCGGGAAAGAGCUCCAUGUCCUUCUCAGAAGAGGACGGCACCCUUUCUUUGGAGGCAAGCCACACCCCAUCAUGGGGUCUGGAGGAGGUAGGUGGGCCUGUUCAAGGGGAUAUGCAAGCAGCUGCUGGGAUUCCUGGCCCAAAAGCUUAUUUAAGUGGAGUGUAGUGAGCAGUGAGGAUCUUGGGGCUUCUCAAACUUGGGCCGAUGUUGGGGACUGGGAGUGAGUGGCUGCUGGGCUUGGCAAACAGUCUGCCUCAGGUCUGCCCCUGGAUGCUUGGAGCCAAGCCUUGCCUCUGGGAGUCCCUAAUUCCGGGUAACCGUGCAGCACAAUUGCUCGAGCUUUCUGGUGGGGCUCUCUCAAGGUGCUUUGCUAGUUAGUACUGACUCUCGGGCAGGUCUGUUUAUCAGCUUCCCCGCACAAGGAGCUUGUGGUGUAGAGUCUCUGAAAUGAGUGGAGAAGGGGUGAGGAAUGUUGAAGGGCAGAGGAACUGACUUGGGUGUAAUUGCUCUUAUGACGUUCUUACUAGAGCUGAUGCAAUCCCACUUCUCGGGGACACAGCUAGUGACAACACUCAUUCGGUAUUUGUAGAGGUGGACGGGAUAGUCCUCCUUCGGUUCCUGAUUCCAGCAUUCGAUGAGAGGGACGUAGAGUGGUCUGGAGAUUAAUCCCCCGAGGGGGUUAGGGCAGUUUUAAGGUUUGAGGCUAGAAAAAGUUGGUAUUUGGAUGGGACUUGUUUAUGGCUCCGACAGGUUUUUGUUUGUGAAUUAUAUAUCAAGGCCUUGGUGGUGGUAGUAGUGAUGAUGCUGGGUGCUGGGAAUGUUUUUAGGAUCUAGGAUCAAGGAGCAAGUGAGAAUUCAAGAGAUCUGAACCCUGAGAGGGAAGAGGACUCAGCAAGGCCCUGGGUGGCCGUGACUGAAGUUAUAAUUCACCAGGGACGGAAGAACUGUUGUUGGCCUGUCACCCUCUGCAGCAGGAGUAAACACCUCAGGGUCCCAGAGCAGCAAGAGGUGGGAGGUGAAGUAGGGCAGCCGCCUUGAUGUCUGCACCACAGGGAUGUGGCCUGCCUGCUGGUGCCUGCUUAUCACCAGCAGCAUGAGCCGGGGAGAGACACACAUUUAAGCUGAUGUGUUUACAAUGCCCUCUUUGGGGAGGAGUUUCCUGCAUAAAUAGGCCCAUCUCAGUGCCCUGUGUUGUUACAGAGUUUGGAGACUCACAGCAGUUGCAGGGAAAAGUGGCCAUUGAAAAAUAUUAAAAUAUUCAUUAUAUGCUUAGGCAAGAGGCCACCCUGGACUUUCCCAUAUAAAAGUGUAUAUGCGCGUGCGUGCGUGUGUGAGUGUAUGUGUGUGAAGGUGGGAAGGAAGGCAGCCAGGUUGCUGGGGUGGGGUGUACAAGUAUUUGAGUUUCACUAAAUAAGAAGGAAUAUCAGUCAGCUUUCAUCUUUGUAGGGAAAGGAUGUAGAGUAGUUGGGGAUAAAACCAACUGCUGAGCUGGUUGCUCUUUUGAUACCACUAACAUUAAGUAGAAGUUGUGGAGGCAUCAUCAUAUUUUAGGAUUCCUGCUCAUAAAUGAGAGAGAUGUUUAGAAAGUUAGGAGUGGAAAAUUUUAAGGGAAAUCAGUUCUAGAUAAUGGACCGUAGGUGACCAUGGCACUUUUAGGGUGGGAUUUCCUCAC